UUACCUUACUGUUUUUAUAGCAAAGUGCUGCUGAAGUGAAACAAGAGCAUCUCGUCGUCUGAGCUUGCAAUUUUUUAGAAAAUCUCUUAAGCUUGACUUUUGAUUUCACUAUCUAAUCUAACUCGUUUCAGACCUAAGACUAGGUCUGGUAGGGAACAUUAGGAAUGGGUCUAAGAUCGAAGUAGAGAGCGAGGGAAUUAGUUCAAGAUCCUAAUUGUUCUCCCCAUCCUACUUGUAGUGAGUCACAAAGGAUGUCUUCAGAAGAGACACUAAGUAUUGGAAGUGGAGAGGGGGAGUAGGAGUUGAGCUCAACCAAUGAAAGUGAAAUAGAAAGUUCUAGGAGUGGAGGGAGUGAAGGGGUUAGAGGUGAAAUGGAAGAGGUUAAGGUUCCUUCAAAUGUGUUAGAAGUGGAUCAUAGUAGGGCUAAGUACUACAAUGAGAAGGAGGAGGUGGUUUCGGAGGUGGUGGGAUAUCAAAGUUUGUGGAGGAGUAGAAGUGAUCUUGCCCAUUUAGUGGAGCAAUAUUCCAUCCCAGGGCACGCCUUACUUAUGCCAACUGGGGAGAUGGAACAAGCGUGCUUGGCUCCAAGGAACGAUUGGAUGCCAAACCUAUUCAGCACAGGUCCUUCAUCUACAAAGGGGUGGAAGGAUAAGUUCUUCUUUGUGGAUGAUGCGGAGUGGGGGAGGUCAGAUGUAGAGGUGGCUAAGCUCUAUAGGGAUGAGGAGGUAAGGGAUAUCAUGUAUCUCACUAGCUCGGCAUUGUUAGAGGCGACAGAGAUCUAUGGGCCGAGCUCCAUGAGUGAAGGAGAAAUGAAUCGGCUUAUGUCUGGAGGUAAAACCGUUACCCUGCUUGAGAAGAGGUCAAAGGCUCUAGCUGCCCCAUCUGUGGGGGAGAGGGUAGUGGGUGGGACUUUGAGGUCUUGCCCAAGCGGGGGGGCCCGAGCUGAAAUAGGGCUCAGCUUGGAGCAAUGGAGGAAGACGGCUGAGGAGGUUGCAACGCAAAAGAGGAGAAGAGUGGAGGAGAUUGAACCAUCUCUGCAUGAAGUGGGGGUGGUGACGCAUGAGAAGGGGAAGGAGUCCCCUAUCCCAAGAUCCACUUUUCCCAAGGUGGAUCUCAAGAGAGCCCGGCAUGAGGUGGAAGAGCAUGGAGGGUCUAGUGUUGUGCGCCAUGCACUCGAGACGGUGAACCUCAUAAAUGCCUUGGCAGUUGAAUAUUACAACCGCCUCAAGGAAAGGAACAACCUGGUUGAGAAGAAUGAAGAGCUCAACCAACACAAGCAGUCAACCGAGCAAAACUUCACUGACCUAACCUCAGAGUGCAAGAAGGUUAGGGAGGAGUUGGCUUCUGCCAAGGCGAGCACUGAGGCCGAGGUGGAGAAGAGGAAGAAGGCUGGGAAGGGGUUGGCCAAGGCGAAAGAUGAGUUGGCCGAGGCUGGGGUGGAGGAAGAUAGGGAGAGUAAAACAGCCGAGUUCUGCCCAGACAUAACUCUCAGUUGGGAGUGGAAUGGGGCUGGACGAACUGUGCUUCCCUCAAGUUUGGAUUAUGAGUUCAUCGCCGUUGACGAAGAUUAGGCCGAGGUUCCUACGAAUGUUGAGGUUGGAGAGAAUGUUGCUGAGCAAAAGGUGGAUCAACAACAUUUGGUGAUCAACUGAUUUCGGCCAACUCUUCUAAAUUUUGAUGUAAUUCAAGAACAUUGUACUUUUAUUAUGGAAUGAAUGAAAUUAUAAUUU